GUGAUACAUUGACAGGAGGACAGAGAGGGAGAGGUAGAAUCUGUCUUUUCAUCAUGGAUUUCGUCAGAGCUGCAGUGAUUCUGUCCAGUCUUCUGGUUGCAGCAUUGGCCCAGAAGCCGGUACUGUCCAUUGAGCCUCGCAGCGCAGCCAUCAAGCAGGAUGAAACCAUCAGUUUUAGGUGCCGUGUGGUCAGUGGCUCCCAGCCUGUGCAGCUGGAGUGGAAAAGGGUCAACAACCAGGCGCUAGGAGACAAUGUGAAGGUUGGUCCUGAUGGUUCAGUUCUGACGAUUGCCUACGCCCGCCCCAGCAACCAGGGGCAGUACCGCUGCAUAGCUACUAACGCACAGGGCAAAACCACCAUUAAUACAGUGCUGACCAUUAAACAGGUUCCAAAAGUGUGGGUGACGCCCUCCAGUCCUGUGAUGGCGAGAAUGGGUGGGGCUUUGAGUCUAGAAUGCUCCGCUUCUGGUAAGCCCCGCCCCUCCAUUACUUGGCUUAAACAGGAAUGGGGAAGCGAGAACGUUCUCAUUUCCACGACAACUGACACCAAGUUAGUGCUGCAGAUGACAGUGAUGGCCCCAGAGGAUGCUGGGAUGUUUGUUUGCCGUGCCCAGAGCAGUCAAGGGUCAGCUGAAGAGAAGGUGGAGCUCAGGAUGGCGGGAGGUGCUGAGCCCAGAGCAUCGGUCUCUCAAACAGACAUUAAAGCUGUAGAGGGUCAGAUGGUGACCAUGCACUGCCAAGCAACCGGUUCCCCCUCUCCUGUUAUUUCCUGGUCGAAGCUGCGUGCUCCGCUGCCAUGGCAGCACAGGGCUGAAGGGGGAACACUGACCCUCACCAGCGUGGGACGACAGGACUCCGGUCAGUACAUCUGCAAUGCCACCAAUGCUGCCGGCUACAGUGAAGCUUACGUUCAGCUGGAAGUGGACACCCCGCCUUACGCCACAUCGAUCCCGGACCAGGUCGUGGCUCGUCGCGGUGAGACUUUGCGUCUGCAGUGCAUUGCCCAUGGCUCUCACCCUAUCAGCUACCGCUGGUCCCGUGUGGGCGGGGCAUCGCUCUCUUCAGGAGCGAAGGUGACCAAGGACGGCAUGCUGACCAUCGCCCAGCUCAAAGUGUCCGACAGCGGAAACUACAAAUGUGUAGCCAGCAACCACGUGGGCACUGGAGAAACCUUCGCCUCGGUCACUGUGAGAGCAUAAUGACUCAGCCAUCGUUGAGCCCUGAUUCACCUUUUGGAAGUGGACGACAUGUAAGGACCAGAUGUCUCCUCUAUAUGAUCUCAGACCAAGGCCUUCACAUAAUCUCUUGAGCUCAUCUGCCUCAAUGACGUACCAGCCUUUACCUGUCAAAGCGUCAACCAGCCGUAAUCUUUCAUGUGGUGUGUAAUCUAGACUGUAUGUAUCAGUGGUCCAAACAGGGCCGCGUCGUCUGUGGCCUCUUUGCUUUGUUUGUUUCUGUUCUGAGUUACUGUUUAACUUUUUAAAUAGCCCGAGUGGUAGAAUGUUCCAGCACUUCCUCGUCUUCGUCUGCUUCCCUGUUCAAUAAACACGCAAUAAAUUUCUCGUACACCUA